UGAUAUUCCAGUAACUUUUAUUUGAAAGAGAUCAAGUAAAGAGUGCAACUAAAAAUCACUAAAAAUAUAUAUUUUAAUUAGUUUGUACAAUUUGUGAAAUUAUUUGUUUCAAACUUGCCAUAAUGAUAAUAUUCUUGAGUGAGUUACAAAAAGACCACCUGAAUUUACUACAUCAACACUCUAUUCAGGUUUUAGUAGAUUUUUGUAAACUUACUAUUGAUUAUCUUAAUAAUGGCAUGAAUGAGAAAAAGUGUGCUAUUGCUGCAGAAAAACUAGAUGUUCUAGUGUCAGUAGUACAAAAUCUUAUCCAUGCACUGGCUUAUUUAAUUGUAGAAGGAUGUAAACAUAAUUUGUCAGAACCAAACUUUCGAUCAUCUCUAGCUCUAGCUGGGUUUUCUGAAGAACAACAACAAGUUCUAGUAAAAUUACAUAAUGCUAAAAAAGCAGAAAUAUCAGGAGCUAUAAACUUACUUCAACAGAAAGACCCCAGUUACCUGGAUCUUACUUGGAGAUUUGAAGUGCAGGUGGCUUCAAAGAGUUCACAAGAAGAAAUAAAGCCUAUGGUUGUUAUGGAUUUUGUUCUAACAACUCCUAAAAACUUUGGUCAAAGUGAUGAUUUUGCACAUAUAACAUCAAAACAAAAAAAUAGCUUACCCUGUAGUAGUAUAGUGUCGUCAAUACAAGACGCCAAGACAGCCAGUCAAUGCCAGCAUAUUAUAAAUCACAUUCUUCUACAAUCUGAUCUUUCCAACUUAGUACACCUAACAAACAGGCUAGAAGAAGCUUUAAAAGAGUCUAAAAGUCAGCAUAUACGCAAAGUACAAAGAGCAUUAUAAUGUAAAAAAUAUAUUGUAUUUAUACUGUAUUCGAUUAAAAUAGCUAUGUAAUGUUUAAUUUAAUUUAAUACAAAAAGUAAAUAUUUCA